GGGACACCGGGUCGCGACGAGCUUCGCAGUACCGCUUCGACUGUGAACGAGCAACGUGAUCGACAUCUGGUACGCGAAUAAAAACCACGCAUCCGAAGCGGUUCGACGGGGAUUCUCGAACUCUUUCGUGCGUGUACGUGACGUUAAGUGACACGCAAACAGGUGCACCUAUAUGCGUAGCACAAGAAACGAAUCACGGAGGUCGUUGCACGUAAUACCCACCGGCAGACAGAACAAUUCGCGAGCACGGUCUAUGUCUAUGACUGUGCAAUAGCGGAUACAUUUCUUGUCCGACACCAUUUGCAACGAAUCGCGACUAUUAUCUCUGGGGACAGAUCGACCUGGCGUCUUCAUUGCUUGUCAUCGUGUUUCCUCGAUUACUCUUGAGCGAAGGACAUCUAUUCGAAGAAUAAAAGGCGCUUAUGGGUAUCUAAGUAUAUUGAAAAUUCGACACUUGAUCAGAAUUUCUAAACCAAAAUGAGGAGACAAUCGUACAGCUCGAACCUGAACCCCGGAAGCGGUGGUGAGCCGCAGAUUAUCGUCGAGGAAAGUACAUUAGGAGAGGAAGCGGAAUGGCGGAGAAACGAGUCACCUCCGCGAUGCUUGGAUCCAGAUUCGCCAUCCUUGAAUCCUUAUCUUCUAUCCCCAUGGAGAGAGACAAGGAAGCACUCUCUACCAACUCCACAAUGUACUUCCGGGAUAACCGCAUCUCAGGUGAGACGACUGAGCGAGCGUGGCGGUGAAGGAUCAGGACCAUCACCGCGUGAAGCUGCCUUUCUCGCUACCCUUUCUCAAGCUCCAGCUCCUCAGUCAGGUGGUAGAAGGCACUCUGUCGUAACGAUCUCUAAAGUACCAGCAACUCUGUUCGGGCGUAAUCGUCGCGAAUCAAUCGCAGCUUUUCCACCUGGAGGAGCGACUAGAAUAUUGCCAGGUCGCCGGGACUCUGAGUCCAGAAUAUCACCGAGCAAUACCGGAAGCACGCACAAUCUCCAGUUGGACAUUAUGGACGACAUCGCGGAUAUAAAAGCUAGGAAGGUGCGUUUAAAGAUGUACAAGACCUCAACAGAACAAGUAUGCGAGAUUCAGCCUUUAGAGGGAAACAGCUCCACUCAACGCUACACCCAGUAUCAAAAACGACGAUUCUCCGACAUGCCUACUCCAUCGGUGUCCCCGACAUCUUCUCUGCGAAGACGAGCCUCGGAAGUACCGAGGGCCAUAAGUGCUUCUGUUUCCGGUGCAGCGGGCAUUGUGUGCUCUAAUACCGAUCUGAUAUCGAUCUUGAGCUCGUUAACUUCUUCCGCGACAGAGAUCAACCGAUGCGGAGAAGAGGCCUCAAGUUCGCGAGAAGAGAGCAAAUCGAGCUGGUCUGGUAAAACAGCUGAACAGAAACGAAGUCGGUUAAAAAGCUUCCGUUCGAACAGCUUCGACGUGUCGAUCCUUCGCGGAGCUAAGAGCAAGCUAGCUGAAUCAUCGAAGGCUGCCGCUUCGAAUAUUAUGGCGCCCUCAAAUUGGUUCGCAAAGAGACAUCAACCGAUGUCGAAAAAACAGAAGCCAGAGGAUUUAAUAACGGCGAGCUUGAACUUUAAGUUCGAUAAAUUGAAGGUCGUGAAGGUGGUUAAGGAAACGUUGGGCAAGACGUCUCCUAUCAGUGACAUCAGACACAAGGUCGUGUGGGAUGACACCAGCGGAACCAAAGUGGAUGCUCAGGUAUUAGGCAGCGCCAUCGAGAAGAUUUUAACAGCACAAAGAGGAAACGAUGCAGAAGCAUCAGGAUCAAGCGGAAAAGCGUCAGUAUCUCCGAACAAACCGAGAUCAGGCAAAGUGGCAAAUUGGUUCUCAGGUACCAAAGACCAAGAGCAAAACGAAUCCUGUGAACCUUCUAUCUGUUCUUCCCUGAAGGACCUGUUCGUCAAGUAGUAUGGAAGCACAAACGCGGAUCUCGCUCGUUUAAUUAACGCUUCUUCGUUUAAGGGUUUGUUCAGAGAUUAACGCGACCUAAUAAAUGACUGACAAUCUCGUUUCAUUUACUUUAACGAGCUACGAUGAGAUCACCAGUACUUUCCUUCAACUGCUUCAAUCUCUGAAAUUCACC